AUGAUAAAGAGGAGGUUCUUCAAGCUCGACCACGGUGAUAGAGAUGCCUCGGAUCCAUCUUCUUCUUCUUCCGACUCUGAGCUUGAAGCCGAAGCAGAAUCAGCUGAAGAAGAAUCAGAGGAUGAUGCUACAGCAGAAGUGAAACCAAAUGAUGAUGAACCCGGUUCAACUUCUUCAGGGUAUGCAAGUGAGGAUAGCUCUGCUAAUGAUGUUGAUGUUGACUCAACAGGUAUGCUAUUCAGUGAAGAUGAUGCUGGAGCUAUAAAUGAAAAACCCAUGCUUUUUAACAAGGAGUUGCUGAGUAAAUGUGACACUGAAAAGUCUAAUGUGAUAACUGAACAGAAAUCUUUGCUGGAAGAUGUACCAUCCUAUGUCUUAAAACACAAAUCAGUAUUUAAGUGCAAGAUAUGUCCCCGAAUUACCUGUUUAUCAGAAAACACUUUGAGGGAUCAUCUCCAAUCAAAGAGACAUGCUCGAUCUGAAAAACUACUUAGUGAGGGUAGACUGAAGGCUGUUCUCAAUAGUGAUGGUGAAAUUGAGAAUCAAGAGGUAGCAGAGAUCCAAACUAAAGAUACCGAUGAUAAUGCUGAGAAGAAUCGCAAAGGGCAGAAGCAGCAUAAAAAAAGAUUGAGAAAGAAGAAAAGUGACAGACCAAGGACAAGGAAAAUGCCUUCAACGAAAGGAACUGCCAAGAGAAGUCGAAAUAAAUGA